CCGUGGGCCGUCAAUGUCAUAUCCGGAAAACCGUACAGUUAUAAAGUCCAGUGUUUCGUUUCAGAGAAAUCUUGAUAAACGUCUUUGUAUAAAUGCACAGGAGUCCAGACGAAGAACAGGAUGAGUGUCUCGUGCUCUCAGAUCAUCUGGAGAGUUUGUAAUUUAUUCAUGUCAGUGUUUUUCUCGCUGGCAACUUAUGUGCAGAUAAAUGAUCCGGAUGCUGUUUUGUGGAUGGUCGGUUAUUCAGUUCCAGCUGGACUGUGUUUUCUGCUUUUCUGUCAACCACAAAUAACAGAGUCACGCUUCUGGAGGAGAAUAGCUGAUCUGCAUGUGCUUGUAUCCUCUACGUUCGGAGUCAUUCUGGGCUGGAAACUUUAUAAAGAGGGAAUUACAGACAUUUUCCAGCAAGAGGAAGGAAGGGAAUGUUCUGGACUCAUGCUGACGGUCUUCUGGCUGCUGUUGUGUCGACAUUCAGGAAGGAGUUCUGUGGGCUCUGUGAGGAUCUGCACUGCUGUGGGCAUCACUGUGUUUCCCUUCAUCACAUGGAUCUAUUACUACAUGAACACAGAGCUGAGGAAACACUGGCCUGAACACUGUACGACUGCUCUCUGAGGAGAAGAACAACACUCGAGAAACCACAUCUCAACUCGGGAUCAGCAGGACAUACAGAUGAACUAAACCUGGAAAAUCGCUUCUGUUUGUAGCUGUUGUGUCUUUAAAUGGACUUAUACUUUGGCACAAAAUGACUGAAAAGAAGUGUUGAAUAAAUAAGCUUUUAACAUUGCAAAA